CGCCCACGGCCCGCCUGGUCCUGUCCGCUUCAGUAAAGGGGGUGCUUUAUUCUGUUUCCACCCUGGUUCUGGCUUAUUUCAUGGUUAUAUAUAACGACCGUCCGUCUCGCCUACUAUCCCGUACGGCCCAGAACGGCUUCGCUCCGCCCGGGUGACCCCUCUGACGUCAGCGCCACGCACCGGUGACUGACAGGCCGAGCGGAGACGCGGCCCGCGAGCGCGCAGGCGCAGUAGCUCCGGGAGCGCUUCCGGGACGGCGCCGUGGGACUUUUCUGGCGCGAUCGGGGACGGCGGCCGAGAGGGCGCGGCCCGGGGUUCGCGUUCUGGGUCCCGGCGGCGCCAUGCGCUACAACGAGAAGGAGCUGCAGGCGCUGUCCCGGCAGCCGGCCGAGCUGGCAGCCGAGCUGGGCAUGCGGGGCCCCAAGAAGGGCAGCGUGGUGAAGCGGCGGCUGGUGAAGCUGGUGGUCAACUUCCUCUUCUACUUCCGGACGGACGAGGCCGAGCCCGUCGGAGCCUUGCUGCUGGAGCACUGCAAAGUCGCCCAGGAAGAGCCCAGCGGCUUCUCCAUCAGCUUCGUCGAGGACCCGGAGAGGAAGUACCGCUUUGAGUGCCACAGCGAGGAGCAGUGUCAGGAGUGGAUAGGGGCUCUCCGUCGAGCCAGCUACGAGUUCAUGCGGAGGAGCCUCAUCUUCUACAGGAAUGAGAUCCAGAAGGUGACCGGCAAGGACCCCCUGGAGCAGUUCGGCAUAUCGGAGGAGGCCAGGUUCCAGCUGAGCGGUUUGCAGGCCUGAGUCCCGGCUCUGGUUCCUCUGAUUUCCCACUGGGGCUGGGGCGAGCCCUCCUCACCCUCGCUGGGCCCUGGGUUUCCUGGCCGCGCCUGAAUUUGCCGCGGGAGGUGUUUUGGUUUAAAGACUUCAAAAGCCCAAGGCUGCCAGAGGUGGGCAGUAAGGUCUCCUCCCCAUGCCUCAGGGCCCACUGGACUGGCCUGGCACCUCUUGGUGCCACAUGCUGCUGCCGAGGACGAGUGUCCACUCCCAGGAGCUGUGCCGGGCCCCUUGGGCCCGUCUGUCCAGGGCCUGGCAGGCCCCUGGGGCUGGCGCAGCUCUCCUGCCCUGCGCAGGCUGAAUGUACAAAGCUAGACGAUGCUGUGAAGGGCGUGGGGGCCGUGCCUCCCGGGCCACUGUGAAUUCUCCUGCUGACAGGGCGGGCCCUGGCCGGACAUCUCCGGCUGGCGUGCUCCUUCUGUUCGAAUAAAGGUACCUCUUUUCCACACGG